CCGACCGAAAUGCUGCCCUGUAUCAUUUUCAUCGGCUUGCUUCUCACCGCGGCCCGAUCCCAAGAUAUCCACCCCUCAGAGGCAUCAUCCUCUAUUAGUGAGUCUUGUGACUCCCUGUGCUUCUGCGAGAUGAAAGAUGGCGUCCUUUAUCUUAACUGCGAGCAGAGAAACAUCAGCAAAAUCUCCCAAAUCAAAGUCCCGUCAGGUGUGCCCUUCCACCUGAACGUCUACAAAAAUGACUUGGUUGAGCUCCGUGCUGAGGAAAUGGAAGGGUUUAAGAAUGCCAUCUCGCUGCACAUCGGGGGUAAUAGCAUACAAGAGCUGGAACCAGGGGUCUUUGGCAAUCUUGGUUCACUGAAAAAACUCCACAUAAAUAGCAAUUUCCUCGUCACUCUGAAAGAGGACACUUUUCAAGGCCUGGUGAAUUUGGAGUUUCUCCAAGCUGACACAAAUUUCAUUCGGGUCAUCGAGCCGGGAGCCUUCAACAAACUGAUCCGCCUCAAGGUCCUCAUCCUCAAUGAUAAUUCCAUUGGGUUUUUACCCAGUAACAUCUUCCGGUUCGUGCCCCUCACCCACCUGGACUUACGUGGCAACAAGCUCCAGACACUGCCUUACGUGGGGUUUUUGGAGCACAUCGGACGGAUUAUGGAACUUCUCCUUGAGGACAAUGACUGGGUCUGUGAUUGUGAUAUUUUACAUUUAAAAAUCUGGAUGGAGAACAUGAGGGCUCAGUCGGCCAUUGGGGAUGUGAUCUGCAGUACACCACAUCACCUUAAGGGGACGAUUCUCGCUAAAGUCAAGCGGGAUGUUCUCUGCCCAUCCCACGCUGAUAUUAACCUGGAGGAGCCGUCGAAGUCACUGGAUAUGGUUGUGACCCCCUCAUCCAAAGUGUCUCAGAUUCCCAAAUUGGACAACGCCAAAGAUGACGCCAAGGUCCCGACGCCGUCUCACAUUCCCGGCAGUCCUUGUGUGGAGCACUGUUCUUGUCACAAUCACCCUGUGGCUGGGUUUUUGAUGCAUUGUCAGGACCGAGGAAUUCAAAAGGUUUCAGAUAUCGGAAUACUUCAGCAAAGCCCCACUAAACUGGUCAUGACCGGAAAUAUGAUUCAGAAACUCUUGAAAUAUGAUUUCGUCACAUAUGAUAGUUUAGAACUGCUCAACCUGGCAAACAACAGAAUAGACUACAUUGACAAUGAAACUUUCCUCAGCUUGAGCAGUUUGAAAAAACUGUAUUUGAAUGGCAACAGAAUUGAAAAACUCUUCUCCACAAUGUUUGUGGGACUCCACAACCUUGAAUACCUGUAUCUGGAAUACAACCUUAUCAAAGAGAUUGCUCCCGGCACAUUUAAUCCCCUGCCAAACCUGAAGCUGUUGUCAUUAAAUAACAACCUGCUCAGCUCCCUUCCAGCACAGAUAUUUCGAAAUGUGCCCCUCACCAAAUUAAACCUGAGGAAAAAUCUACUUAUGCACCUGCCAGUGAGCAAUGUGCUUGAUCAACUCGACUCACUAGAGCAGAUUUAUUUAGAGGACAACCCCUGGGACUGCAGCUGUGACUUGCUCAGCCUCAAACAAUGGGUGGAGAAACUCAGAAAGGACACAGUGGUGGGCUCCAUUUUGUGUCACACCCCAAAGAAAGUAAUGCAGGCUGAGCUGAGGAGCCUUCGCCAUGAGGUGCUUUGUCCCGGUUUAGGGACUUAUUACUCAUUGCCCCCAGGUGGGGAGGAAAGCGUGACAACUACACUGGGACCUGACAGCGCUGGCAGGGGUUUGCUCAACUCACUCACAGAAACUGUCCCACUCUCUGUGCUCAUAUUAAGCCUUCUUAUAUUUGUCCUCAUGAUUAUAUUCUGCUCAGCCGGGUUGGUGGUGUUUGUGGUGCACCGGCGGCGGAGGGCAAAGAAAAAAGCAGCAGAGGAGCAGCCCCGAGAAAACAGCAGCAGCAGUCCCAUUCACCUACACUACAGCAUGUACGGGCAGAAAACGACACAUCACACUCUGACACAGAGAACGGGGUCUGCCACUCUGUACGAGGAGAGAUCACACAGUCCCAUUGUGCAGAUCUGCCGCAACCCCACCUACUGCCCCCAGCACAAAGAACACGAAACGGAUUUGGAUUAUAGCCUCGAUGAACCAGGCGCCAAGCAUCACGUCUGCCGGAGUAUCAUGGAGAAGGAGAACACUUCUCCACUGACGGGAAACCCCAACUCAAAGUUCAGACCCAUGACUGGAGAGGGCCCCACAGAGUUCGUCACGCUCGGGAAUCCCAACUCCUUAUACAGGAACAUUAUGGAGAGGGAGAAGGAGCUGCAGCAGCUUGGAAUAACAGAGUACCUUAGGAAAAACAUGCCCCAGCUUCAAUCUGCUGUAGACAUGCAGGUCCCGGGGCACCAGGAGGAGUUAAAGCUAAUGGAGACAAUAAUGUACUCAAGACCACGCAAGGUCAUGCUUGAGCAAACUAAGAACGAGUACUUUGAACUCAAGGCUAACUUGCAUACUGAGCCGGACUACUUGGAGGUUCUGGAGCAUCAAACUGCAUUUAACUGA